AUGAACGAAGUGCAAUGGCCACUGCUCGCGCUGUUCUCCAUCCUGAUCAUCUUGGCUCUGUUCGGUAAUCUACUAGUAUGCGCAGCUAUCCUGUGGGAUCGCUCGUUGCGGAAACAACCCGAGAACUUGUUCUUGGUGUCGCUUGCAGUCUCGGAUCUUUUGGUAUCGGUUUUAGUCAUGGUGUUUGCUGCGGUGAAUGACAUAUUGGGUUACUGGCCAUUUGGUCAAUUCUACUGUCAGUUCUGGAUCAGUUUUGACAUUACGACGUGUACGGCUAGCAUACUUAAUCUUUGUGCAAUUUCUCUGGAUAGAUAUUGGCAUAUUAGUAGACCAAUGGUCUAUAUAAGAUACUGUAAUCGUCGUCGUAUCAACUAUGUGAUUGUGCUGGUUUGGCUCAUCUCUGCUGGCAUUGGAGCUGCACCUCUUGGAUUUGAUUUCGGAUCAAAAGUUACUAUCAACAGUCUGACGGGUCUGCCAGUUUGUGAGAUGCGUCUCCCGCUCCCUUAUGCUAUUUCAAGUUCAAUGGUUUCAUUUUUCCUUCCCGCAAUGGUCAUGGUUAUCCUUUACACCAAGUUGUACCUUUACGCUCGCAAACAUGUGAGAAGCAUCAAGACUCAACUGCAACAAGCCACCUCAUUUCUGAUUAUGCAGCUUGCGUCCGAGAAAAUUCGCGAGGUAACGGCCGCAACUCUGAAGGGUGAAGCUCUACUGCCUCCCGACUCGCCGGCUACUGAACGGACUACGAUGACUGUCUCCCGCCACUACUCUCGUCGAUCGACAACGACAACAACGGCGACGCCGCGACGUGGAGACAAUAAAACUAGUUCGCAGAAUAAGGUCGAAUCAAUUCGCUCUUCAAUUUUCUCAAAACUCAAUUUCUUGUGUCCGGCGAGAUUCAAGAACCAACGCUCCCCGCAGGAUCCUCAUACACCCGCAGCACACAACCGUUCAAACAUUAGUGAUCAGAAAGCUCGCCUUACUCUCGGAGUUAUUAUGGGCACUUUUCUUGUCUGCUGGCUUCCUUUCUUUACCGUCAACAUCCUCCGAGCUUGGCUUCCAGAGAUUUUCAGCUCGAAGACUAUUAUGGCAGUUACGUGGCUCGGCUAUGCAAACUCUUCUGCCAACCCAUUAAUAUACAGUAUUUUCAACAGAGACUUCAGGCGAGCAUUCAAGAAAAUUAUCGUCAAAGUCAUUGGAUGUUGUUGGGAAGAGCCUGAUCUUAACAAGUCAAUCUCCUCAAGAUAUGCUGCGCCGGACCAAAUUGAGCGUCGUCGUUCGUGUACGAGAUCCUCGGAAUCGGCUCAUGACAACAAUAAUGAUGCAAAUGCGACUCGUCUAAAUCUCCUGUCUAAUAACAACGAGCCAACUAUUCCUGAAUAA